AUGGCGAUGUAUCGGAACCGAAGCGGGGACUAUGAUCCCCCCUCUGAUCCCCAGAUCUGCCUCAGCCCGGAUCUAGACCUUAACACCCUCGUCUUAGAGGCGGAAAUCGAUCUCGAAACGUUAUCGUUAAACACCACUUUAUUCGGACCCGUCGAAACUUCGCAUAUCGAGGGGGUUUAUUUCGAAAUUCGGACGCUAGUCGGCCAAAGGAUGAACAACGCGAGCACGCCGCCGAUUAUGGCGUGCAAAUCGCGGCACACUGACACAAAUUGUGUGAAACUCCAAAACUGGGGAGAGGAGAAAGGGGUCGGCGUGCACCUUUGCCUCUACUCCGGGGCGAUAUGUCGCGUGGCCAGGAGCGGGGCAUUGUCGAGCGAUCCCGGUAUAAGAGACGUUCAGCCUUACCACCUGGGGAAG